CUCAACAAUCUGCUGGCUGCCUAUUCUGACAAGACGGCAUUUGCUCAGUGCACCUUUGCCUCUGUGAGGGUAAGGUCAACCUGUCAAACUGUUCAAGGGAGUAACAAAUGGUACAAUAGUGCCGGCCCGAGGACCCCCGGCUUUUGCUGGGACCCAAUAUUCCAGCAGAGGGUCCAGUUGACGUAUGCAGAGAUGGAGUCAGGGGUCAAGAACACCAUCUCCCAUCGCUACAAGGCCUUGUGUGCCCUCAGAGACUAUCUCACUAGCAGGGGAGAGGGAGGAGUGGAGGAGGAGGGAGAGGGAGGUGUGAGGGAGGAUGCAGACACUAAUGCAAAGAGAGCCAAACUUGAGUGA